AAUCAGUUCUGAUAAUUAAUAUCAAAGAUGAAAGUAUAAAAUCUUGCUCAAAUCUGUUUGUUAAAACUAUGCAGUAUUUCAGUAUUGUAAGGUCAAGGCUUGUUUAGAAAGAAGAUUAUACGAGGUCAAGGUUUACAGGUGUAAAACUUUGAAAUCUUGACCUGGUACGUCCUUGUAUCUUUUCAUGUAUCUAUACUUCCGGUCGUUUUAUCGAUUGCGCAAGGCGUCGGGAAUUUUUGCUCUUUUCUCUCGAAAUUUUACUAUCUUCUUCUAUAUACCUAUAUACGUUCUGUCGCAUAAAAGAAUACGCCAUGGUGUUUGCGCUUGCGCAGUAUUACUGAGCGAUUGAUUUCGCUUGGGUUUUAACGCGGUCGUGACAUGGGGUAAGUUUUCCAUUAAAUAAGUUUGUCUCGAAUGAUUUUUGUAUUUCGUGUCGUUAGUUGAUCCUUCUUACGAGCAAAGUUAAUCAUCUUUGCGACACGUAAAAGUUUUACUAGCUCUUCUGUCUUGGAAAUUGACUUUUAUUUGGUGCGUCGUGUCGCAUACAAAAAGCGCCGCUGCAAUUGCGCCUGCGCAUAUAUACUAAACCAUUGAUUUCUGUGGAUUUAACGUGGCCCUGACAUGGGCAAAAAAAUAGAAAAUAUUGGUAGAAUGACGGCCAUGACGCAGGAAGAAAUUAUGGCUGGUGCCAGAAUUGUGGCCCAGGGUCUGGAAGCUCUCCGUGUAGAACAUGGAGGACUUCUUCAGGCUUUGCAGACCCAGGAUGCGCCAGUCGCAAGAGACAAAGCUAGUUUAUUAUCAAAGAAUAUUGAGAUGAUAGAAUUAGGCCUUGGGGAGGCACAAGUUAUGAUGGCUCUUGCAAAUCACUUACAAAUGGUAGAGGCUGAGAAACAAAAGCUUAGAACACAAGUAAGAAGGUUGUGCCAAGAAAAUGCCUGGUUAAGAGAUGAAUUGGCUGGUACACAGCAAAAAUUGCAAGCCAGUGAACAAGCACUAGUCCAGUUGGAAGAACAAAAGAAACAUUUAGAUUUUAUGGAAAGCAUGAAGCAGUACGAUCCUGAUCCUUCCGCGGAUGAUGAGAAUGCUAAAGACAGACCGCCAGAUGAUCCUGUAGUUGAUCUAUUCCCCGAUGAUGAUGCGGACGACCGAAAUAGUAAGUCAAUAUCACCGACACCGCCUUCACAAUUUGCACAACAAGUGAAUGCUGGAUACGAGAUACCUGCACGUUUGCGUACGCUGCACAAUUUGGUUAUACAGUACGCGAGCCAAGGCCGCUAUGAAGUAGCUGUUCCCUUAUGCAAGCAAGCAUUGGAGGAUUUGGAAAAAACUUCUGGUCACGAUCAUCCUGAUGUUGCCACAAUGUUGAACAUUCUUGCUUUAGUAUAUAGAGAUCAAAAUAAAUAUAAAGAAGCGGCAAAUUUGUUGAACGAUGCCUUGGCUAUUCGUGAAAAGACGCUUGGUGAAAAUCACCCUGCAGUCGCUGCUACGUUGAAUAAUUUGGCUGUUUUAUAUGGAAAACGGGGCAAAUAUAAGGAGGCUGAGCCGUUGUGCAAACGUGCUCUCGAUAUUCGAGAAAAGGUUCUCGGUCGUGAUCAUCCUGAUGUCGCGAAGCAAUUGAACAAUCUUGCGUUGCUGUGUCAGAAUCAGGGUAAAUACGAAGAGGUAGAACGCUAUUACUUGCGAGCGCUAGAAAUUUAUGAAGGUAAACUGGGACCGGAUGAUCCUAAUGUUGCAAAGACGAAAAAUAAUCUGGCAUCGUGUUACUUGAAGCAAGGAAAAUACAAGGAUGCUGAAGUUUUGUAUAAACAAGUAUUGACUAGAGCACACGAAAAAGAAUUUGGUGCUAUUGCCGGCGAUAAUAAACCAAUUUGGCAGGUUGCGGAAGAAAGAGAAGAAAAUAAGCAUAGAAAUAAAGAGAAUACUCCAUAUGGAGAAUACGGAGGCUGGCAUAAAGCUGCUAAAGUGGAUUCUCCUACAGUUACAACUACCUUAAAAAAUCUUGGUGCAUUAUAUCGAAGACAAGGAAAAUACGAGGCUGCAGAAACAUUAGAAGAUUGUGCUCUUAGGUCACGAAAAGAGCAGACAUUGGAGUUCGUGAAGCAAGGAAAAGUUGCGCAGCUUUUAGGAGAAGAGAAAGGAUCGACGAGACGCGGCUCGCGAUCCAGUUUAGCUAAUAGCGAACACGAGCAACAUGACGAGGGCUCGCUGCCGCUGGUACAAAGGGCGCUACAUGAAGGACAGUCUGGCCACAACGACGCUAGUCCUAACAAACCCGGUUUUAAAAACAAGAUCUUUCAAGCUUUCGGGAUUCAUUCUUCCACGUAGGAUAUUCUUCGUUUGUAGUAUUGCCUGUUCGAUUAAUGCCCGGUCGCACGAUAAUUUUAAAAAAUGCGUAAAAUUGUUUGGGAGAAGUUACAAUUUAGGUAUUUGUUCUUAAAUUCCACGAUGGUAUGAUC